CCCACAGCUCACCUAUUUCUCUCCUCCACAUUUUCUUCUUCUUUUUAAUGUACGGAAACUAUAGAAAGGAGCUGGAGAAUGCUCGUGCCGCAGGUAAUGGUGGACAGCAGAAUCUUGGCAUAUGGCGACACUCGCCUUCCCGAUCCACUUCCCCAGUUCCCGGAGACCGUCGAUCUCCCAGCCCGUUGCAUGGAUCGGUCUCGUCCAAUUCUUCUUCACUCUCCAAUGAAUCCGCCCGCAAUCAUAAACUCUCUCGCCGCCCUAUCCCAGGAAAGGUAGCAGCCUUACAGCAACAUCAUCAAUGGUUAAUGCAACAACAACAACAGCAACAGCAGCGCAGUGUAUCCCCAAAGCCGUCAGUCUCGGCCAACCGUCGCAGUGCAGAUAUGCUUCCAUCCUCUCCGGUCAAGUCGCGAGUCAUUGUCCUUCAAGGAAAUGAGCCUAGUCGUUCUGGUUCCAGGGAUGAAAGGGAUGAAAGGGAUGAAGAGCAUUCGGAUAUCAGAAAUGAAGACGACGCAGUAGAAGAUGAGGACGUUCAUGGCCGCCGCGUAAUCUCUGAUACAGCAUCGGCUGUUGCCUCGAUUGUAUCAAAUGCCCGUUCAGACCGCAGUUUCCUUUCUGGAAUUUCGACCACUUCAUCAAGCCCAUCAGCCAGCUAUGCACCCACGUCCGGAUCGCAAGAAUUCAGGGUGGCAAGAGAAGGCUGGCUCUAUAAAAAGAAUAGUCUGAUGCAAUGGCGUCCUGUGUACGCUGUGGCCAAACAUGGCAAUGCCAUCAAACCGAGUGGACUUUAUCUUUAUAAAGAUGACAAGUUUUCCAGCCAUAUUCACACGUACGACAUGAGUGAAGCCGUAGAGGUCGAACCGCGAGCGCAAGAAUACAAGGCAGGAGUGAAAUGGGAGCUACGUAUUCUCGUCAAACGUGAAGACAUAAUCCUUGCUACCGAUGAUCUUCAAUCACGCAAAGAAUGGAUCGAUGCCCUUACUUCUAUCAUGGGUAAGGUAUCGAUCGCUACCCAUACCGAGCUUCAAACCAGGAUGUACGGUGCAGAGCAACACAACCGAGAUCUGCAGUCAACCAAUGAGAACCUUCGAACAGAAAACCAAUCGUUGCGUGACCAGUUGAUUGCCCUGGAAGAAUCCAUAUCGAAAAAGGAAGCGCACAUCCAUGACGAGUGCUUGGCGCGGGAAGAAGAUUUGGUAACAGAGCUUGACCAUAUGCGUCAGACAAUGGAUACCCGUUGUGACUUGCUAGAACGCGAAAUGUCGGCUUGGCAAUCCAAGGCGCAAGAACUUGAGGACAUCAAGGUGGAUAAACAAGACCAAAUUACAUCGCUGGAACUGGAAAUUCGGAAAUGGAAGGCAAGGGUAGAAGAACUGGAGGAUAUGAAUGCAGAUUUUCAUCGAAAAGAAAGCCGGUCCAAAGCAGAGAGCUACUAUAAUGGUCCGUCAGGUUAUUCACGAUACAAGUCUACUUCAAACGACAGCAAUUCUAUUACAGAUGCCGUAACGGAUAUGAAGUACAAUUUGCAAUCGCUGCGUGAUCUCAUCAAAUCGUCCGGUGAAAACCAGCCAUUGUUACAAAGCCAUGUUCUUGAUAUCAAGGCAGGCGUCAACAAGUUGUGUGAAUCACUCGAAGAGGCUCGCACUGGCUGGUCAGAUUUGCAAGCUGACAUUAUCAAGUUUGUCGAAGCUGAAAACGAGCAUGGCACGAUGAAAGACAAUCGACAAGCGCAGGCCCUUGAACAACUCAAACAAGACUUUGAUGAUUUACGUGAAGAACUCGUAGGUGGUAGUGAUACCAGCGCUGACGAAGGUUCAGUGGGUACAUCGGAAGGAUCCGUUGAUGACAACCAGGAGAGCGUAAGAAGCGAAAAGUCCAUUGGCAAGGAGCGAUUAUCGUUAUCAAGCAAGUUUGAUGUCUUGACGCAAAUGGUGGAGAUGCUUCAACUUUCUCAAAAUCGACUUUUGACAAUGUAUACCGAAAAGGACGAAACAGAGAACUCGAGCGAACAAGGAAUGGAAUCGGUGGCAUCGAUGGUCAAGGAUAUUCAAGAAAAGAUCGAUGUAAUGCAAAGCUCCACGUCAGAGGACAAGGAAACUAGCAUGCAUCACCAGCAGCAGGAACUGAGCUCUUCUCUUGAAGAUCUGCGGUCCGAAGUCAGCAUGAUGUUGAUGAAGCUGGAUGAAUUACGCGAAGCUAAAGAGGAUAGCCUCCAAUCCCAAGAUAUUACGGAAAGUAUUCGAGUGUAUAUGGACGAUUUCAAGCAAAAUCAGCAGCAAGGUCGCGAAGAGUACGAACGCAGUCUAAAGGUGCUCGGGCAAUUAUUCCAACAUGUUAUCAGCCAAAUUAAAGAAAGUUCGAUUCCUGACCUGCCUGCUCUUUCAGAACAAUUGGAGACCACGGUUGAGCGGCUCAUGGUUGCCGAGGAACGGUUAACGCGCAUGGGGCUGAAACCAAGCAACCAUCGGGACAGCGGUAUCGCAAAUGAAGACGACGGCCAGGAUCUCAUGGAAUUCCGCAACCUUGAACGCAGUAAAUCCGAUGCCAUUGAUCUCGAUGACAUUCGCACGUUGGUGGUAUCUACUCGCGCCUUUAUGGAACGAAGUUUACGGAUCCUCGAUCGCUUUGGGGGAAGCAAUGCCGGUAUGGAAGAAACGGUGCGUCGAGCGGUGAAGAGUGCUUUCAACAGCCAUCUUAAUGUCGACUGGCAAGAACCCGGCAAGAACAAACAUGACAAUACCGAGGAGAAGUUGAAACGUUACGAAGAGAACGCGCGUGAAUAUAUCGACAAGUCCAUGACCGGCAUGCGAGAACAUCUGGAAGAGUACACGGGCGUGCUGUAUAAGAUGAUUGAGGAUUUGAUUCUGCGGGCCGUCGAUCAUCUGCAGAGUCGCGAUACACCCAGCAACCUGAAAGACGGCCAAGCGGGAUCCGACGGUACUGAUCGUUUAAUUGAACUUCACAGCAAGCUGUCAGGCGCAAAGCAAGCAUUGGAAAUGGACAUUGAACGUUUGCAGGAAGAGCGCAGUACAUUGCAAAGCGAUGUAGACGGCUUGAAGUACGAUUCCGGGAAACUGAAGCAAGAACUGGACGAGAAACGUAAACAACUUCAUGAACUCCAUGUGGAAUACGAUAGAGUAUCGAAGGAAAUGCAACGAUCGCGUGAAGAUACUGUGGUGAAUUUGACCAGAGAUAUGGAACCGCUGAUACGUCAGAUCGCCAAGCUGAAACAGAUGGCUUCGCUGGGCCACGAUCUAAUCGACGAUAAUAACAGUACAUCUGGAUUCGUUGAUGUUCCAUCUUCAAGGCCACGAGGUCGUAGUCCAUCCCCACAACCGCCUCCCCGAACCCAGCAUACCAAGACCGACAAUAACGGCUUUUUCAAAUCGAGCCAUGAUACCCCGAGCAGCUUGGCAGAUCGAAGCUGGAAUACCCCUCGGAACUCAUACUUUGACGCCUCCAAAUCAAGACCGCUUCCUGAGCAACCAAAGUCAACCUUAAGCGGAGGCCGUCCGCGGAUAGGUACACCACUGGUCGGACUCACUGGGCAUAAAGAAUGAGCAGAAAUUUUUAUUCAAAAUUGUACAUUUACAUGAUGGUUACUUUAUAGCUAAUGGACGCCUUAUAUAUAAAUUUUACUUGCUACUACAAGUGUA